AUGAGACUUCGGGGUUGGGAGGCAGCCCUGGGGCUGCAAAAGGACAGAAAAUCUAAAAAGUCAACCUGGAAGUUUUGCCUUGACUUGACCCAUCCUGUGGAAGAUGGAAUUUUUGAUUCUGGGAAUUUUGAACAGUUCCUAAAGGAGAAGGUUAAGGUCAAUGGAAAAACUGGAAACUUGGGCAACACCGUUCAUAUUGAACGUCUGAAGAACAAGAUCACAGUGACAUCCGAGAAGCAAUUUUCUAAAAGGUACCUAAAAUACCUCACAAAGAAGUACCUCAAGAAGAACAACCUGCGUGACUGGCUUCGUGUCGUUGCAUCUGACAAGGAGACGUACGAACUGCGCUACUUCCAAAUCAGUCAAGAUGAAGAAGGAUCGGAGUCUGAGGAAUAAUUGAAGCUUAGCUUUAUACUCAGUACAGCGUACAGAAAGACUAGAACAUCUAUUUAUAAGAACAUUUAACUUAUUGGUGAAUAAAGAUUUUGUACCCUGUUCAACAGAG